UUCAUUACUUAAGCAUUAAGCGGUUAAAUUUUUUUCAAUUUUGUAAACAUUGAACUGUGAAUUUCUUAAUUCAAACAUUUUUUUUUUUUUUUAUAUCAAUCGAUUUAUUUUUAACUGAUAUGAUGGCUCUUAAAAUAAAAAAAUUUGAAAAAAUGAUUCGCGGUGAUCAAGUUCCUGCACAGAAAUCUUACGGGAAAGAAGAAACUACUAAUGAGAUACGAUUAAAUGAAUUAGAAGCUCUUAAACAACGCAUAUUUGUAAACUCAUUGUAUCAUAUUAAGGAUGAUGAGUUGAGAAAAAAAUGUAUAGAUAUAACUACUCAUUAUCGACUUUUUAAAAAUGAUGAAUCACACUACAAAGUAAAGGAGUUGUCAGCCGAUGAUAAAAUUGAAUUUGAAAAAUGCAUUGAGGAAUGCAUACAAAAGGAGUGUGCUUUAAUUACUUACGAAAAAGAAUCUAUCCCCGCAGAUUUGUUAAAGUUAAUUGAAUCUGAAUCAGUUAUGCCAGAUACUAUAAAAAAUAAAUUAAAUAAUAUGUUGACCCUUUUGAAUAAGUACACAAAMAAUCAAAAAGAGAUACAACAUGCAAUGCUUAAAUUAUUGGAUAGUAGCUAUGUCAAUAUUUUAGAAGCUCAACAAUUAUCAAAAAAAGUAGAUGCUAUUAAAGCUAUUUCAAAUAAGUUGCAGAGUGAUAUCAUCAGUAAAUUUUCUUGUUCAAAAGAUUUAUACGAGUCAUUGGAAAAAUACUACAAUGCUAAAGAAAAAGAAUAUGAAACAGAUUUGGCAAAGUUUAAGGAAUUGCAGAAACUACAAGAUAAAUAUAAGACUGUAGAUGGUCCACAAUAUAAAGACUUAGUUAAAAGAUAUAAACAAACCCAGGAAAUCAUUAAAAUUAAAACAGAAAUGUUAAAUAGUUAUUAAAAAAUGUUUUUUGUAUACUUACUAUGUAAAGGAAAAAAAAUUUCAUGAAUAUCUAUGACAAAUAUUUAGUGGCAUGAUUCCUGAAUGUGAUUUUCACUUAAUAAAUGUAAAUCUAUUACAUGUAUAAGAUAGUAUUAAAUCAUUAUUUUUAAUGAGACAAGUCUAUUUGCUUAACAUUAUAGGUUAAAUGUAAUAUCAAAUUAUAUUCAAGUGUUUAGCAUAUCUUCUGCUGUUCUAAAGGCUAAUCCUCGUGACACCAAAAAAAUGACUUCCAUUCUUCUCUUUUUAACACCAGAGUCUUCAUUUGAAUACCCAUCACAUUCAUCCAUUUAAAUCAUUUCACCUUAGAAUGUCUUCCUCUUAUUUUGCAUCCAUUGAUUCAUGUUUCCRUUAUGUUGGUCAUAAAGGGGUUAUGUUAUGUUUCAUACAUUUUCCGCUUCUUAAUAUUAUGAUGGAUAAUAAUACUUUCUUCUUUAAUAUUUGGAGAAUUUCUUCAUUACGCUUCCUUUCAGACCAACUAAUACAUAGUAAUCCUUUUCAGGUUAAUAUUUCCAUUGCUUCAUUUUUUUUUUUAUCUUGUCUAUAAAGUCCAGAUUCCACAACCAUACAACAAAGUACAAGUACUCUAUACAAWGCUUUUAAUGAUUUUUUCUYAAGACUAAAAUUUUUGUUAGUUAGUAAUCGUCUUUWUUGUGUGAAGGCUCUCUGCUAUGGCUAUGCUGUGUCUUGUUACUAUCCAACAUCUACUCUCACUGGUCACAGUGUAGUACUUCCUAAAUAUUUAUACUAUUGUAUAAAUAACAAAUAAUAACACAAUUUAUACUGUUUGUUUAGUAUUUGGCAUGCAUAAAUUAUUAUUAGUUAAAGUAGUGUGAAAUAUAGUAUCACAGAAUAAGAAUAGUAUGUAGGGAUAGUAAUCACCCUUUUUUUACAUCAAUAAUUAGUGUAAUUAAUAGCUCUUAUUUUCUAAACGCUUAGUCUGAGCACUUUUACUUUUCUAUUACACUGGUAAUUCAUUGUCAUUGGAAUAUUAGUAAUUACGUAUGGUAAUUGUCAUUUGAUAUGUGAGUGCUAGGUAGGYAAACAAUUUUAUUAUUAAAUAUAUAUUUUAAUUUAGUAAUGUAUUUUUUAAACAAACAUCUUAGAUGGGUAAAAAGUGGUUACUUUAAUAUCUUAAUUUGUGGUAUAAAUUCUAUAAGUAUCCAGUGAUAUCUAGUUAAACUUCUAUCUUA